AUGCCCUGGGCGGACAACAACUUUGACUGAGUUCGCGCCAAAGUGCAGUAUCCCAGUCUCCUCGCAUGGUCACGUCGACACUCCCGCUCCCGUAAAUUUGACCUUCUGACCGGCAAACUAACUCCCUGACGCGAACGGCUGAGCUGGGAACGGCUGAGCCAGGCGACCGCCGGUCAUGGAUGUGAAGUCAAGACGAGGGCAAGGAUCAAAAACCUAGGCUAUCGGGAUGUGGGCUGUUGACCACCAGGAAACCUGCAAAACAACAGACCGAAAGAAGCGCUUGGAAGCUACUGUGGGGAGCCACCACAAGUCUCGAACCAGCCAAACUGCCGAUCAAGCUGCGACCAGCCACCACAUCCAAGUGAUAGGCAUGUUAACAGUGCAUGCUAACAGUAAUACCGGUCCACGAGACCACACAAGUCGCACGGCUGGGCCGUCGGGUUUACAUGUGAACAGCACAGCGGGAAACGGCGAGGGCGAGCGAUGCUUUGCCCUUAUCGAACAGGGCUUGUUUACAGUGCUCCCUUAGACUGCACGAGGUGUGCAGACCCUAUCUGUCGCACCAACACCCUUUUUUCAUGUCCAGCGCCUUCCCACAAAAUACGCUAAUGUGGCCUCGGCUAGGCUGGCAACGGAUAAGCAGUGAGUAGAUAGGCGCAGGAUAUGCGCAUGGAAAAACUUGGUGUUAAGGUUCUCAGGGAGUCUGACCUUCCGCCCACCUGAUAAACGAGCACCAGUCGCACCAGUCGCACGUUCAACUGCAGCUUCCAUCCGGCUACAUGCAACUUCCCUGGCCGCUGCAACCCUCCAUCCGCCGACACGCCCUCGCCGCUAAUCCCACCCCUGCCCGCCGCCUCCGGAUAUCUGCCAUCCAAUUUCAACCACCGCCCGUUGUGCGCCUGCCUGUGGUUCAACAGCCGUCCUGGGCCCUUCGAGCCGCCUGGGCUUGCGCACGCCCGUCCAUCCUGGUCGGAUGUGUUGCGCGCCUUCCCCGGCCUGUUGCUCGUGUCACUUUCGCUGUCUUCUCCACCGAUAUCGUAAAUAAAUAGCCCUAUCCACGGGCAACCCUGCUCCUGCCACUGCGCUUGUAGACCACACCUCCUUCCUUCUCGUUUCCGCCCAGUGCUGGGAAUUGUCUUGUCCUGUCGUCGCUGCUCGGCGGCUGGGCAGAUAUAAAUCCGAGACGACCAGCCGACGAAAAGCUGCACCCUCGCAGACACAUCGACCGUAAGGAGGCAAACCAAAAGAUACGAAAAUGGGUCUGACAAGACAGAGAUACACUCGCAACCCUGACGACUUUCCGGCUGUCCAGCUCUUCUUACUUGCCAUCGUCCGUCUUGCGGAGCCCAUUGCCCUAACCUCCAUCUUCCCCUACGCCUGGGCCUUGGUCAAGCGCUUCAAGAUCGGCAACGAGCAAGAUGCCUCGUUCCACGCCGGCCUGCUUAUCUCGAGCUUCUCGCUCGCCGAGGCCUGCAUGGGCAUGUACUGGGGCGGCCUCUCGGAUAGGAUAGGCCGCAAGCCCGUCCUGCUCUUGGGCUGCAUCGGCACCAUGUUCAGCAUGGUGGCGGUCGGAUUUGCAUCCAACAUUUGGGUGGCGCUCGCCGGCCGCGCUAUUGGCGGGUUUCUCAACGGCAACAUCGGUGUCAUCCAGACCAUGGUCGGCGAGUUAGUGACCAAGCCAGAGCACGAGCCUCGUGCCUACUCAAUCAUGCCCUUCGUCUGGAGCAUCGGCACCAUUAUUGGGCCCGCCAUCGGCGGCACCUUUGCCGACCCCAACGAGGCGUUUCCGGAUCUGUUCCCCAAGGGCUCUCUCUUUGACGAGUUCCCCUACCUCCUCCCGAACCUCAUCUGCGCCCUGCUGCUCCUGGUUAGCAUCGUGCUGGGCUACUUCCUACUGGAGGAGACGCACCCCGACAUGCAGCCCCGCGUGCUAAUGCCCGACGACACUUACGUCUCGGAUGAGACACCGCUGAUGGAGACGUCGGACGCACUGAAGCGGCCGGCCGUCGACCUGCGGGCCGAGACGUACGGCACCUUCCAGGCGAGGCGGGGCAGCGACGCCUCGACCAUGGGCGGGAGCGGCAGGGCGGCGGUGGUGGCGGUCAUGAGGCAGGAGAAGGGCCACAAGAAGCAGCAGGACGGUUCCUCGCACAGCGUCUUUGACAAGCGCAUCAUGGCCAUCAUCCUAUCGCUGUCCAUCUUCACAUACCACUCCAUGACGUAUGACCACCUCCUACCCAUCUUCCUCGAGGACGAGCGCGCCCAGCCCCUGGGCGUCCUGUCGGCCCUCGGAUCACUCCUCCCGGGCAUGCUGUACUCGCCCGGCGGGCUGGGCCUGUCGCUGCGGGCGGUGGGCAUGAUCAUGGCGGUCAACGGCGCCAUCGCGCUCUUCAUUCAGGCCGUCGUGUUCCCCGUGGCGGCCGAGCGGCUAGGCGUGUACCGGCUGUUUGUGGCUGUCAUGCUGCUACACCCCAUCGUGUACGUCGUCGUGCCGCUGCUACUACUGGUGCCCGAUUCGCUGCUGUUCCCGGCCAUCUAUGCGUGCCUAUCGGUCCGCAACCUCUUCUCGAUCCUGGCCUACCCGCUACUGCUGAUCCUGAUCAAGGAGGCGACGCCGGGCCUGUCGAUGCUGGGCAAGGUCAACGGCCUGGCCGCCAGCGCCGGCGCCGCCUGCCGCAUGGUGGCGCCGCCCGUGGCCGGCUACCUGUACACGGUUGGCAGCCAGAUGGACUGCACGGCGCUGGCCUGGUGGGGCAGCGCGCUCGUGGCCGUCUUUGGCGCCGUGCAGUGCUUCUCGGUCAGGCGGCCCGUCGCCCCUGAGGAGGCCAGCGGCGAGGGCGGUGAGAACCCCAAGGAUGGGGACGACGGCACUCGGUGCACACGGGUGACCAUCGAUGAGGUUCCGGACGAGGAGUAAUCUAACGAACGACUGACUAUGACCCACGACCCUACGACCCUACGACCUAAAACUACACCAACAUGGCUACAAGAUGGCCGGACGCACACACGAGGAUUAGCUUACGACAUUUGCUCGGCGAUGACGGCGCUGAAGGAGUUGAGAUUCUAAAAUGGGCUGGCUUUCACUAUUCCUUGCUUUUCUGUUUUGGGAGAAUACAGCAUGCAUGGAAGGGUUUGGGGGCUGCGAGAUGGCAUCCUAUGGACGGUAAUAGAAAGCAAGCGGCAUGAACUCGAGAUAAAUGUGCAUAGAGGCAGUUAAGAUAUGUAAAUGUCAACCGAUACAAAUCAGAUUCAGAACAGACGUCAAC